GCCCUCCUUCAAGGACCAGACAGGCUGGUAGCGCAGAGCACGCUUGGCCUUGUUGAUGUUGUAGUAGCGGGUCAUGCAGCUCAUGAUGAUAGACUUGCGAGUGAGUGUGGGGGUCUUUCCGAGAAUGUUGGCGAGAACCUCACUGACAUAGCCGAUGGCGAUGCCGACCUCGCGGUUGAGACCCCAAUUGCCUUCUGUACCCUUAUCAUAGCCGGCGGCACGCCAGAUGGCACGGGCAAAGUCCCAGAAGUAAACGGGUGUGUCGUUUGUGAUGAAGAAAGCCUCGCCGUCGACCCGCUCAUGAUCAAGGGGGAUGGUGGGAGAGGCAGCGGUGGCGAGGAGGAGCUGUGCAGCGAGGAGGUGGGCAUGGGCGACGUUGCCGACAUAGGUGAAGUCGAAGAGGUUCUCGUUGGCGCCGACUUGAAUUGUGUGCUUGCCGCGCUUGUAGGCGUUGAGAAUGCCUGCGAGAGUCUGGACGUCGCCUUCGCCAAAGAUACCGGCGGGACGGAUGGAAGUCGUGAGAAGCUUGCAGCCCUCCUGGCGGUUGGCUUUGAGGACGAUCUCUUCUGCUUGUGCCUGCGGGUAGUGCCUUGUUAGCCAGACAGUCUGGAACGAUCUGAGUGUGGCGUGAGCAAACCUUGGUCUCUGAAUAAUACUCAGUCUGCGCCUCCCCGCGAAUCAAAGGCCACCUCUCGUCAGCGUUGAGCAGAUCAGUGACGUUGUCGCUGAUGACACUGGCAGAGCUUGUGUACACAAGAACCUUGACACCCGUCUUUUGGCAGGCGUCGACAACAGCCUGUGUACCAUCGACGUUGACCUUCUUGAACACAUCAUGACCGAUAUUGGGGUUGACAGCAACAGGAGAGGCUGUGUGGAUGACAACGUCGGGCUUGAGCUCCUCGAAUAGAGAUAGAAGCCUCUCAGGGUCGGUGAUGUCGCAUUCUCGGUACUCGGCGUUGGGAUUGCGAUUGCGCUCGCAUCGUAGGUCGACGCCGAUAGUGGCAGUGGUUGUCCAUUGCUCAAGGGCCUGGUUGACAAUGUGAUGGCCUAGAAAGCCAUUGCCGCCAAUGACGACGACUCUCCCGAGAGGACCUCUAGAUUUCGUCUUUUCAGCCAUCGUCAGUGGUGUGUAUCUGCUCUGCCUGCAUAUGUUGUGAGAGUGCGGUAGCAGUAGGAGUCGCCCGAGGUGGGAAGGGUAAGCCAGAGAGAGUUUCUAGGUAUAGGGGUCCUCUUCUGUGUGGCUGAUAUCUUAGGCUAAUGGGAAUAUGGUGGGGGUUGUAGCACCUCCACAACCUUAGAUGCCUCCUGUGGCAACCAAUCAGUGGAUCCGCUCCUUAUAUCUUCAGCGGCUUCAUCAACUUAGUUACCUCUGGACGUCUUUGUACGGCGUGAAUCGAUAUCGUGUGUCACGAGACUUCACUUCUCCUCCCUCUCUCUCUUUACUCUCCCGCCUUUCCUAAUUCCUCAGGAAUACCAUAAGCACUCUUCUUGUUUCCUGUUCUCUUUUUGCCCACCUACAACUUCAUCCCAUAUACCUUCACCCUUGUCUCACCUGGCUCGUGCUUUCUUUUACUUGCUAUUUUGGACCCCUUUGGAUAUAAACAACAUCCAAUAUCGACCUUGGGAGCAACAUUUCCUCUUCUCUUCAGCACGAUUACUCCUCUUCUCUUGGGAAACAGUGUUUUUGGGCGAGAAGCAGUCGACAUGCUUUAUUGGCAUUCAAAUCAUGGCAAGGAACAGCUCGGACGGGGUAGAGAUUCUUGUCCACAUCACAGCACCAAGUCGAGCAACCGAUGAUGUUUCAUAUCGACAGCUUGCCCAAGCUUAUCUAGCCUUUGAGCCUCACGGGCGCACGCAACUACCCGUGAUAGAAUCGGAGACAGUUGAGGAACAACAGCGUGUGCCAGAAGGAUACCAAGGAGCGCCAUCGCCAAGUCAGACCAGGGUAACAACUUCGUUUGGACGAUCAUUUGAGAUCACAUCCCAGGAUCUAAGUUUCGAAGGAGCUAUAGACAAUCGAUCAUCACCAUGUCUACAGCGUGAGGCAUUGGCUCGGGGUGCGAUCCCCUCACCAGGCCAUACUGGUUUCGGGUCAAUCAACUCCUGGUGUGCGCCUGCGAGUCAAAUCAGUGACUCGUAUCCCAUGCCAGAUGCUGCGCUCUUGGACGUUUCACCGUCACGUAUACUACAGAGCUACGUCCGAAGAACUCAGUCAUCGCAGGAACCAUAUUCAUCGCCAACUGCGCAUAAGAAGCGUCCUCCGGUACCAGAGUUUGGACACGUUGUUGAAAUUCCCUCCUCCCUACCACCUCACAGUCAAGAAGAAACUUGGCCUCUCGGGGCCUCUGAAAUCACAGAUAUCGUACCUACGACACCACAAGCAGACAAAGCAGCAGUGGUUCCCAUACCCUCGGCGAAUACAGAGGUGAUAGCCUUCGAGCAUUUGGCCCCGAAUAUAACUCAUGUUUCUGGCAGUGUGGUUAGCAGCCACUCACCAGCUCUAUCCCCUCGUGCAGGGUCGGAACCCCCACUAACAAAACGAUCCAAGAUUGGACACUUGGAGCAUGGUGAUCUUGUCAGAAGCUCUAGCGAUACAGGGCCAGCUCUAUCAACGAGAAACUCGCAGGGGGACCAAGUCAGCAAUAGCUUGGAAAUCCGGCCACCAUCGCCACCCGUGGGUGUUGACGACAUUGAUCCUGCAGACCUGAUAUCUGAGAAGCUCGCGAAACUCGCCCGCGAUCUGUCGUCGAGAUAUCGUCCGACGACAAACCGCGAUAUCGAAGCGUUCGAACGAGGAUACUGGCUUAUCAACUGCAGUGGCUGGGACCCAGAUGUCCGCUUUGAUACUUGGGUUUUCCUCGCUAAUUAUCUCAAGAGUGGUUUGGCGGGUUGGGGAACCUGGUGCCGUAGAGACAAAACCCACGACUGGUUACGCCUGUAUUGCUGGGGCCAUGUCGCGAAACAUACUUACUUGCUUUUGUAUCUUGCAAGUGGAAGACAGGUCAAGACAAGUGGUGCGAAGUGGUAUGGAGCAGAUGGUGAAGUUGCUCUGGAAAUCCCGCCUUAUGAGAAGCAGGGAUAAGUCAGAGGACUGUUCGCACCAUAUUUCAGUUUGGAUAUUUCACUCGACUUGGCAUUAUGGGAGUUUUGGAUAUUCGUAUCAUAAGCGAGGCGUUUGUCGGUUCUUUUUCCUGCUUCUUUGGUGUAGAUAAGGGUUGCCAUCAAUCAUCGCAAUUAGAUAGAGCUGCAAAGCUUGGUCCUUCGACGUUAUAAGGCGACAUAAAUAGACGAAACGCACGUUGCACGAGCCCUU